UGCGAUUAGUAUAAAGAAGAUGGAAGCCUCGCAAAGUCUAACGAUCUGAAAUACAUGAUCGUUAUCCUUCGAGGAACUGUACAUUCAUUAUUUUCACCAACGUUGAAGAUCCGUUAUUCGAUAUGGCCUCCUCACCGGAAAUCCGCCCUGCGUCUUCUCAAGAUGUUUCUAUUGUCUUGAGUUUAAUCCGUGCUGGCGCAGAAGAGCAAGCACCAGGAACUGUCGUCACUGCAACCGAAGACUCGCUUGCAAAGACACUCCACCUGUCAGACGUUACCGACUCUCCCGAAUACCGUAUCGGACAUCCCAUCUUAGCCUUCUCACCAGAAGGGAAACCUGCUGGACUAUUGAUAUACUUCUUCAACUACACGACAUGGGGAGCGGCUCCUGGAGUCUGCAUGGAGGAGAUUUAUGUUGUCCCAGAAUAUAGACCUCACGGAUACGCGCGGAAGUUGGUCGAAGCUAUGACAUCAGCGGCUAAGAGAGCGGGUUGCGUAAAGAUGGAGUGGCUCUGUUUGAAGGACAACGCGAGAGCAUUGAGAUUUUACGAGAAGCUUGGGGCCAAGAGAAUGGAGACAUGGACGGUGCUGAAGGUUGAUGAGGCUGGAAUGGAUCGUUUGCUACAGUGAUUAUAGUUGGCCACGCCCAUCAAUAAGAGAAGUACAUAUGUAGCCAUGGAUCAACAAUAUUACUCCCUCCGUUUCGGUCAACAACGAAUAGCUUCUAUACAGUAGAGAUGCUUGUUAUAUCAAACACCAGAAUCCUCCUGC